CCAGGGGAACGAGAGGCCGAAAAGUUGCUCCUGUCUGCUGUGUUUUCUCCCAGAGGGAUGAACACGGGAAUUUCAGCGUUACUUUUAUGUUUUGCCAUUAGCCGAACGUACGUUCAGCAGAGUCGCUUAUGAAGGAAAUGUAGCGUCAUAUUAACGUAUUUGACUUUGCUGUUCAUUCACUAUAAGGUACGUCUGUCAGAGGAGGCUUUAGGCGAUAUUGAGUAAAAUGCCGUCACCACAAGUUCUCCAGCCAGUUCUUAAAAUGAAAGUGGAUGAACUGUUCCUCAGCUGGUUGAGUGAGCCUGCAACUCAGUCAGUACUCAAAGAUUAUCUUGAUCUAAUCAAAAGUGGACAGCCUAUUGAUUUGAGUAUUGGGGACGCCCAGGAUAAAAGGUCGUUGAGCUUCAAUGAAAACAACAAUGUGGCAUCCCAAAAGAAUCUGGCAGAGAAGAAGCCUGCUCCCUUAAGUACACCUUUCAGCAGCCCAUCUACCAGUACCCUGCCAUCCCGCAGCAGCAGUAAUACCAGAAUGACUGGACCCAGUGGAAGAGUACUACGGAGAUCUGUUAGCACAAAGAAGGCUCAGGUGAGGACGGAGGAGCCAGUCACCACAGCACUGAGUGAAAGCAUUCCCAAGUUUUACUUCCCACAGGGCCGGCCCCAGGCCAACCUUAACAUUGACAGCCUCAUUUCCAAAAUUGAGAAAAUAUUUUCCCAAUUCCCAAAUGAAAGGGCCACCAUUGAGGACAUGGGGCAGGUUGCCAAGGCCUGCGAGUGUCCCCUCUACUGGAAAGUGCCAUUGUUCUGCUCAGCUGGAGGCGACAGGACGGGCUUCGUGUCUGUUCACAAGUUUGUGGCUAUGUGGAGAAAAACUCUGCUGACCUGUCACGAUGACGCUUCUAAAUUUGUGCACCUCUUGGCCAAGCCUGGCUGCAAUUACCUGGAACAAGAUGACUUUAUUCCAUUCCUGCAGGAUGUGGUGAACUCACACCCAGGCCUGGCUUUUCUAAAAGAGGCACCGGACUUUCACUCACGAUACAUCACCACGGUGAUUCAGAGGAUAUUUUACAAUGUGAACCGGUCAUGGACGGGGAAAAUAACAUGUUCUGAGCUCAGGAAAAGUAACUUUCUCCAGAAUGUGGCAUUGCUGGAGCAAGAAGAGGACGUGAACCAGCUGACAGAGUUUUUCUCCUAUGAGCAUUUCUAUGUUAUUUACUGCAAGUUCUGGGAGCUGGACUCUGAUCACGACCUCUACAUAGACCAGAAGGACCUAGCACGACACAAUGACCAAGCCAUCUCACAAAAGAUGAUUGAAAGAAUAUUCUCAGGGACAGUAACAAGGGACAGACGUGUGUAUAAGGAGGGACGGCUGAGUUACGCUGAUUUCGUCUGGUUCCUCAUCUCUGAGGAAGACAAAAAGACUGACACCAGCAUAGAGUACUGGUUCCGCUGUAUGGACCUGGAUGGGGACGGGGUGCUGAGCAUGUAUGAGCUGGAGUACUUCUACGAGGAGCAGUGUCAGAAGCUGGAGGCCAUGGCUAUUGAGCCGCUGCCCUUUGAGGACUGCCUCUGCCAAAUGCUUGACCUUGUCAAGCCUGAGGUCGAAGGUAAGAUCACUCUGCGGGACCUUAAGAGGUGCAAGUUGGCUCAUAUCUUCUUUGACACGUUCUUCAACAUCGAGAAGUACCUGGACCACGAGCAAAAGGACCCUUUCUCUGUCAUAAGGGAGGUGGAGACGGACGGGCAGGAGCUGUCAGACUGGGAGAAAUAUGCUGCAGAGGAGUACGACAUAUUGGUAGCCGAGGAGGCUGCCAAUGACCAGUGUAAUGAUGUGUACGAAAAUCCGCUGAGCCCUUUAGGGCAGCACAUCUCCAGUGAACUGGGACUGACAAAGAGACACUUCUUUGAGAUCCCCAGCCCGCACUGCAACCUGGACCUGGAUGAAUAUGAGUAUGAGGAUGACUUUGAAUGAUUUUUUUUUUUUUUUUGGUCCUGUAGCCUUUUCCCGCAAGCCUGGUGAGCACCUUCCACUCUCAGAAACACAAGUCAUGCGCCUGGGUUAGUGGACAAACGUCAGCAAACGGAGUAAACCAGAAAGAUGCGGCUGGAGAAACGUCCAUGUUAACACGUAUUUGACAAAGAAAUCAUUAAAGUACAUGGAGCAGAGGGUAGUUCAAUACUGAACCAGAUGUUUUACAUUUUCACACUUACAGUAAACACCCCAGCUGACUUGAUGUCACGAGUGAUGCAUUUUAGACCUUUGCUCGUUCCCCACACAUUAACAGGUUGUUUUCUGCAUGUAAUCGUUGGACAUCAAUAAUGUUUGGGGCACGUUUGGUUUCAUCUAAACAUGAGUGUUGCGUAAUCACGCUCACAUGAGCCAAAUCACUUUUGCUACACACUGGAGCUCGUUGACUUUGUUCAUUUUUUUUUUUUUUUUUUUUUUUGGACAAAAACCAUGCUGAUUGGAUUCAGGUAUCAAACUCAUUGGCUAAGCUUACAUUCCAGUGAUCACAAUAAAGAGUUUCCUAUAUUGCUGUAAAGUCAUCAGUGCAGUCGCAGGGAGGUUACUGUAAAUGCCAAACAAGCCACCAUUAAGCCUUCUGGACACACACAUAAGCACACAGUUUCGAUAGUCAUACGCAGCACUUGUUGUACAGGCCUAUAUUCAUUAUGACUUUAAUGUGUGUGUAAGAUGAGGUUAUAAUUUAUUAGAGAUGAAUUUAUAAAUUAAUGUACAUAUUUAUUUUGUGCUUGCUGUGCUGUAAAUGAUUUGAGCAAGUAUUUUAGACCUUUUUUUUUUUUCUAUGUCACAAAGUACUUCAGUUGACUACUUUGACAGAACAAAAGGAACCAUUUUGAAAUGUUUUGUGUUUCUUUAAAUUAAUAAUAAAGCCUUGGUUAA